AUGGCGCAAAUUCUUCGUCCAAAUGAACGGGUGACAGUGGGUAAUGGAGGUGGUGCAGCCUACAGGAUUCCUGAUGCAACAGAAAGAGAUGGGCUGCUUGGUGUACAGGCUGGUACUAACGGGGAGGCGAUACCCUCUGUCCAUGCUGCAGAAGCUCAAAGGAGAAAUAUAUACACAGCACAAGAGGAAAGUGCCACAUGCAGAAUAAAGAGAGAGCUGAAUGAGACUGUCUUCUGGAAACUCAAACUAUGGAUGAUUUUUAUCUUCAUUUUUCUCCUCAUGGUUGCUGUGAUAAUUAUUUCACUGCUGGUCUGCUCAGCAGUCCAUGAGGACGAGGAUGAGAAGUUUGACCCUUCGUUGUUUACAGUUCCUCGUUAUUUCAAUGGGAACUUCCAGCUGCCCAAUAUGGUCUUCACAGAGGAACUUUUCACCCUCUCCUCCAAUAAUAGCCAAGCACUUAUUGCUGAACUUCAAGAAAAGCUAGCUGACCUCUACACAUCCUCCCCUGCCCUGGGGCGAUACUUCUCCAAGGCUGUGAUAUUUGCUUUCCGGAACGGCUCGGUCAUAGCUGACUACCAGCUGACAUUUCUCAUGCCUGAAGAGGAGCAGGAUCAGCUGAGAAACUUUACUCUGAGCAGGGCGAUGGUAUACAACGUGUUCAGGCAAUUUCUGUAUGACCAGGAGGCAGACACCUCUGCGUCGAUGUACAUUGAUCCCCUAUCUCUGAACAUGUUUUGAAGACAGUGCUGGCAAUUAUCCACAAACAGACUGGGAAACCAGAAUAUCUUGCUUUCUUUAUCAUUUAAGUGAGAUACUCAUGAAACACUAAACUUCCUAUGGCAGCGCGGGUGCUGACAGCAUAUGAUUUGACAGACUUCAGUGUGAUCUUCCCACGAGUUGUAGAAAUGCAUAAUAUUCAUUACCACAGGAAGCUACGCAGCCACAGUCACACAAACGCACCAUGUUUGUGGGGUUGUAUGUAGCUCAUAUAGAUGAAGGCUCUGAAGACUAUUCUUAAUCAAAUCAAUCCACAGUGCAGGAUUUGUCAGGUAAAACUGACAUCUAACCUCUGUCAAACUGAGAAUAACAGCAACAAUCAGUGUUUUGGUAAGUAUAUGAAAUAUUUUUUUCCUUCUGUAUUAUACAUUUUGUUGUGUUUUCCAGUGCCUUGUUCAACUACAAGUUUAUUAAUUGUAAGAGUGCUGAUGUAAAUGUCAUUGCUGUUAUUAUUUGUAUUCAUUCCCUGGCUACCACUGUAAUUUUGUGUGUGACUGUAUGUAUGUAAGAAAAACCAGUAGCUGGUUAAGUGUUUUUUAAUGGAAAUACAAAUGUUUGUAUUUGCAUAUCUGUGCCAUUAUUCUGUGUCAUCAGACAUGAUUUGCAAACUCAAACUGUGGAACGCUGUAAAAACAUUUGCAUAGAAAGCGACAAACGCUGUAGGGAAAUCAGUCUGAGGGACCUGUACAGGGAAAUAAGCCUGCUGGAGCUAUCACUUUGUAAGUGAAGGCUAUGCAUGUCCAUGUAAAACCAUAUAUUUUAUACACAAAGAAAUUAUAAUUGUGCAGUAUAUCACUAAAUGCAUCUUUUUUUUUUACAUUUAUAUUUCUCUGACAUUUUGUUUGACAUAUACAGCAGGGCACAGUUUUAUUCUUUGUUGUUGAACAGUAGAGGGAGUACAUGCCCCACAUGCAGCUGCUACUGUUUCCUUUGUUUUUCCUCACCUGCUUUCUCUGGCUCUGUUUGCAGAGAACCAUUGAGAAUUUACAUUGAUAUCCUCAUCUUAAGUAGAAUAAGUAGCAGGUUGUUGCAGUUAAUGGUAUGGGCAAUAUAUAACACAUUUAUUAAGUAGUAACUGUGUAAGUAUGUCAGAUUGCAAUCUGUUUCCUGGCAGUAAUCAUGUCAACAUAUCGGUCCUAUAAUAAGAUUACAGCAGUGAUCAGUGUUUAUGCCAAAUUGUCUGGUUCCAAACAGUUGUUCUAUCACCAGAUGGUUAUUAAUUACUCAUCAUGUCAGCCGGUUGCACUCUACAAGACAUCAUGAAAAGAGUUCAAGCCUGAGCCAACUAAGACACUAAUUGCCACGUUUAAAAAAAAAAAUUAUAAUAAUAAUGUUUAAGGUUGAUAGUAAUGUUUUUUUGAAAUAGUCAUGUAAGAAAAAAUGUGUAAGGUCUACAAUUUCUCAAAUGAAUAUUUUUUCAGAUACUGUAUUUGUCACUGCUGAAACUGUGAAGUUAAUGUAAGAGUUAUUGCUGUCAUUCAGUUACACUAUAACCUCACUACAACCAUAAUACCAAGAUAUUGUGCAAGUAUGAGGUUGACGUGAGAAUUAUCUUUGAAUGUAGGUUUUUGGGAUUUUAUAUAAAAUAAAUUAUCAUUCUGAUGACAGAGCGCAUUAAAA